CUCAGUUGUCAUCCUGCAUGACCAAGAUGUCUGCUAUGUCUGCAUCAUUAACGAGUGUUGGAAUUUCUAUUUUGUGUUGUGUAUUAUGUUAUUUUAAAUAGUUUGUUUAUAAAUCGCUAAUUGUACUGAAGAUACACAUUUGGUAAAUAGACAGUUUCCUUCAAUUGUGUACGUCACAGAAGGAUGAGGAUUUUGGAUUUUUCAAUCUUCUGAGUCUCUAAACGAGAAAAUUAUUAAUUUCCAAUGUCGGAUUCAGUGGAAGAAUCUACAGCAGAUAUAAAUGUCUCGCUGUCGGAUAUACCAACUCCACAAACUCCAGAAAAUAACAGAAAUCAAACAAGUGAUCAUGAAUCACCCAAAACAGAAAGUCCCAAACCCCUUAAGCCUGUUCUUGGCAAAUUACAAGCUAAAAAACGUUUAAUGGCGUUUGUUAAGAAUUACACUGCUAUUCCUAAUCCACUUCAAAAAGCAUCGAGGAUGAAACACAAAAGUCACAAUAAAAAGAGUUCAGAGGAUAGCAAAAGUAAAAAGACAGAGAAAGUAUUGGCUAUUGAAGAAAUUGUGAGGGAAGAGAGCAAAAACAAAUUGCUUCUUGCUCAAAGUUUAGCAGAUGAACGAAGCAAUCGAGCUAGACGAGGAUUAUUAGGUUACCGAAGAAAGUCAAACAGCAGAGAAAGAAAAGGAAGAAACGAUUAUCAUUCCAGAUCUUCAGAUAGAAAAUACAGUGAUAGAAAACGUCCGAGGAGUAGAGAGAGAACAGACGUUCGUCUAACGAAAGAUGAGAGUGAUCGGAAAGAUAGUAAAGAACAUUCCACAGAAAAAUUACCAUCAAUUGAUAAAGAUGCAAAGAAAAGAGACAAAAAGGAUGAAAAAGAGAAUGAUGAAAUCGAUGGGCGAUCUAGUGAACUAGCAAAAGAAAAAAUUGAUUUAAAAGUAAAACGUGAUGAGAUUCGUGAAAACGUUAGUGAAGCGAAAGAAAGAAAAGACGAGAAUAAAGACAAACGUGACGAAUCGAAGGAAAAACGCGAAAAUGACAAAAGUAAGAAAGACGAAACUAAGUGUAAGCGAUCCGAUGAAAAUCAGGAAAAAAAAGGGAAUUCAAGAAUUAAAGAAUCCAAAGAUAAAUCGAGUAAAGAGAAAGGAAAACGCGAUAAAGAGAAGGAAUUAAGUAAAUGCAAUUCUUGGGCAGAUUUAAGAAAAGUUGGAUUAUCGAUUGAUGAAGUUACUCGCAUUAAGAAAGGAGAGAACACUGAAAAGUCUGAAAAAGCAAGAACGCCGCAGGAUUUCGCUGAAUUAUUUGGUCAAAUGUUACUUCUUGGCGAUCAUCGAAAACAUCGAAGUUCAUAUGUCGCGGAGGGUCUCAAUGGGCCAAAAGAAUAUCCACCGGAAACUAUUCGUGUGACAAAAGCACGUCCACAAAUUCUUUAUUCAGAAAAUCCGGAAGUUUCUCUUCUUCUUCAUCGACGUCAAGUGUUAAACGUUGUUCCACCUGAAAGGCGAGAAAAAAUGGGCGAUAUUUGUGAAGCAACUCAUAUAAAAAUUAUCGCAGCAGAUUAUGAAGAAGCAAAUAAACAUCGAGGUUGGUAUCGUGCAAUGGAUUCUACGAAGGCUCAAUCUUCGAUAAAUGUCCAAUUUCCUAAAUCAAAAUGGGAUAGUGAAGCUGAAGAAGGUGAAAUUGCUGAUGAAACUGAACCUCAAGGAACUCCAAAAAUAAGAGAGGGACAAAAUGCUCAUCAUUUGCCAACCCUCGCAGAAUCUGACACAAAAGAUGUACCAAAUCAAUUGGAAUCAGUGAAUGAAGAGAAAAGCACCGAAGAAGAGAAAGAAACGAAUUUGGAAAAAGAUAAGGAAGUCGAAAAAUUGUCAAGUGAUAAGAAAGAAGAAGAGGAAGAGGACAGUGAUGAUGAUGAUGAUGAUGACGACGACGACGACGAUAGCGAUGAUAGCGACGAUGAAAGUGAAGAUGAAAGUGCAGAUGAAAGUGAAAAUGAAGACAAAGCUGAUGCCGAAAUGAAAAAAUGCCAUAAUCCUCCAAAUUCAGAGAAAUCUUUAGGAAAUGAAAAAUUAGCCUCUGAGUACGAACAAUUCAUGAAAAUGGUGUCUAACGAUAGUGCCUCGAAAUCGUUAAAAAUUCCACCGACUUCUUCGAAUUACAACGAAUUUAACCUUGACUCAGAGUUAGUCAAACAGACAAAUUGUAAAUAUGUCAAUCAAUCAUCAAUAGUUGACGAGUCACAAAAAUUGCUAGUCAAGGAGAAAAAUUCCAAAAUGAAUGAGGAAAAAAUUCUUUCGGACAGCGAAAAAGACAAAGGGGAGAAAAUGAAUAAAAAUAUUUCUGAAAAAGAAGAAAAAACAUUGCUAACCGUCGAAAAAGGGGAAAAGAAUUUGUCCGUCAUUAAUAAAAGUGGAAAAAAAGUUUCCACCAUUGAAAAAGAAAAAAAAACUUUAUCCGAUGGUGAAAAAGUAUCAGAAGAAAUGGAUAAUGUAGCGCGAGAUGAAACAGUUAUUAAACCCAUUCAAGAGUCAUCAGAAAAGACUAAUAGGACAAAAACGAAAGAUAAAAUUAAUGAGAGUCAAGAUUCCGACUCGCGAUCAAUUCCGAGCGAUUGGGAAAAUGUGCGAAUCAAAGUUGAACAAUUGAGCGACGAGAAUGUUGAGACAAAGAAAAUAAAAAAGAAGAAGAAACAAAAAAAAAGAUCGUAUUCGACUAGCAGUGAGUCGAGUUCAUCGUCAAGUUCAUCAGAAUCCGAGGAGAAAACAACUACGAAAAAGCGACGAAAGAAAAAAGUUGUACAAUCGAGCAGUGAUUCUGAUAGUAGCGAUUCGAGUUCGAGUGAAUCCACGAGUUCCGAUGACACGCGGAAAAAGAAACGAAAGCGCAUCAAGAAAAAGAAGCGAGUAAAGAAAUCAACAAAGAAAUCAAAAAAGAAACGCUCAAGAAAACGAGCCGAUUCAACGAGCAGUGAUUCGGAUGAUGCCAGAAAGAAAAAACGACUCAAGAAGAAGAAACUUCGAAAAAAAUUGGCCGAAGUUAAAGAAGAAACGUCACGCAAGCGGAAACGAAAAUCGUCAACAAGAUCAUUGAGCAGUGAUAAAAAUCUCAAACGACUUCACGUUGAAAAGACUGAAAAUGACGGUAAACGUAAGAAAAAACGACGAUUCGAUAAAUUGAAACGUACAAAAUUAUCCAGUGACCUUGAGAAACGAAUUCUCGCCGAGGCUUUAUCACCGGACAGUGUUCUGUUAAAAGAAUGCGACACUGGUAAGGAGCAAAAUCUUAUUCAAGAACAGGCGCGAAAGCAGAAAAAGAAAAAGCGCGACAUCAGUGAAGAUCGUUUGUCCGAAUGGGAGAAGGAGUCAAUUCUCAUGACUCGGCAAAUUGAGGGAAGUCUCGAGCAUGAAUUAACAUCCGACGAUAGCUCCGAGAAGGAAGUUAUCUUGAAGAACGCCGAGAAGGAAAAACGAGACGCGAAGAAACGAGAAGAAAGAAAAUUAAAGAAACGAGAAGAAAUAAGAAUUAGAGAAGAAAAAGAAGCAAUAAAGAGAGAAGAAGCAAGGAAAAAAGAAGAAAAUAAUAAGCGAGAAGAAUCAAAAAAUAAAGAAGAAGAAACCAAAGUAGCGAAAGAAGAAAUGGAGGAAACAUUGGGGAAAAAAGUCGUUGUUCCCGUUAAAGAAAUCGAAACAAUUGUAACUGAGAUAAAAGAAAAACCGGAACAAGUUGGAAAGAAGGAAACUGAAAUUCUCUCCGAAUGGGAGAAGGAAAGUCAACGAAUAACAAACGUUUUGAAAUUAAUUGAUUCUGAACCAUUGAAUGUUUCAUCAUUAACGCAUCUCGAUGUGGAAACACGAAAACGUGAUAUUUUAGCCGACGAGUGGGAAGUCGAUAGUCUCGAGUCGAUUCGUGAUGCAAAAGCACGAAAGAAAAGUUCAACACGUCACGAGAAAGUGAAAUAUGAUAUGAAAACGGAUACGUAUAUAUCCGUUGAGAGAGAAGUUUCACGUGAUAACAAAAAGAAACAGGAGAGGCUCUCAGCAAUUCGUAUUUGGGAAGAGGAACAGGAAGAAGGCGAUAGAGAGGAAAUGCUUCUAAUUGAGGAAAAAUCAAAACUGCAAAAUUGGGAUAUAGAGGAUGAAUUUACGAGAAACGAUUCUUAUGUCAGUGUGGAAAUUAAUACAGAUGAUCUUUUACAGAAUAAUUUAAAAGAUGAGACAAAUAAGAGUGAGAAGAUUGUGUUAAUGGAUGCUGAGAGAGAUGAAAAUGUGAAGAAGAAUGAUGGUAUCGAUAAGAGGAGAAGGAAGAGUCGGUGGGAUGUUGGAAACCAAGUUGAAGACAAAGAUGAUAUCAAUAUGACACCCGUUAUGUGGGAAGAAGAAUGUACUGAUUGGCAGAAAACCUCUGGUACAGAAUCUGCGUUAUUGCAUUUGGCUAAAGUCAAAGAACAAAUUAGUCCUAUUUUGGAGGCACUUCCGGAGAAAAUAAAAUUAGAGAAUUUUCAUAUUACAGAUUCGCCGGAUGUCUUUCAAAAGAAAUUACAGAAAAUGGGAUUGGCGGAAGAUUGGCUCGCUAAUGAUCCUCUUGAGAAAAAGACAUUUGUUUGUAAAAAGGAAACUGAGAAGACGGAAACAGAAACAACUGCGAAGCUCAAAUCAAUUGUUGAGCUACAAGAUCAGGAGAUGAAAAAUGUUCAUCUCUACAGUCCCAGUUCUCCUGCUCUUUCUCAAAAAACUGAGGUUUCAACUGAGGACGAAAAACAGGAAGAAACAAAGAAAAUAGUUCAUUUGCUUGCGAACAAUUCAAUUUGCAACAUUCCUUUGCCAUCUGAAGUACCAGCUAAAUCAUUAUCAACAACAGCUCCCGCAAUUCUGAAAGAAGAAACUAGGAUUGACGAAAAGAAAUUCGAUGAUCCCGACAAAUACAACGAUUUACAACUGGACAGUCUGAAUCCUGAGAAUGAAGAUAUAAUCGAUUUACAUCCAGGAAUUUUGGAGGCUGAACUAAACGAAACGAGCGAUAAAGAAUCGUCAAUUGGGGAACGUAUUCUAUUACCUGAUACUCCAAAGGACGAAAGUCCUUCGGAAAGUAAAAUCUCUCUGAAACUUGUCUCAAAACCGCUUCUCAUACGUCGACCGAUGGAUUCGUCAUUAAAUCUCGAUUCCAAUUUGAAACAAGUUUUUGAAAAUCCAUCUGAUUACGAGGACAGUUCUAAAGUGCAAGAAGAUGCAAAUAACGACAAAACAACCGAUAAAAUCGAAAUUCAAAAAGCGGAGAAGAAAUCUUCGAAAUUAGAGAAAGUCGAGGGAAAAAGUGAAUUUCGUGAUAAAGUGUCAAGUAAACGAGAAAAAGAUUCAGAUUCUCAGCGUUCAAAGUCACCAGUGAAAGAAAAAAAGAGAAGUCCGAAAAAAGAUCGUGACAAUGAUCGAAUUAAGACUAGGUAUCACUAUAAUGACGCGAAAGAUAAAGAGAUAAAUCGAGGUGAUAAAGAGCGAGGUUCAAAACCAGUACACAAUGAUAAAAGACGAUCGAGUCCGCAGAACAGUCGAGGAAGAACAGCCAGAAGCGGAAGUCCUUGGGAAAAUGAAACAAGUCCAAGUCGAAGUAAAAGUCGAAGUAAAGAUCGUAGCCGAAGUCGAAGUUUCAGUCCAAGUCUAAGAAGAAGAGACGACAGUAGGGACAGAGACAAGAAGUUUGAUGAUGAUCGAUUUUCAAAAAGUAAUAAAUUUUCAAGCGAUCGCAAGGACAGGGGAAAUCGAAGUCCUCUCAAAUACAAAGAAAAUAGAAAGCGUUCUUCACAAAGAUUAUCACCACUGAGAAGUGAUCGAGACCGGCCCAAAAGAAGAUACGACGAUAGUAUGGAACGCGAAAGAGAAAAGCCUUACGAUCCAAUGGAAAUUUUGCGAGAAAAAAGUUUAGAUGCUGAAAGACUUCGAAAUAACAGGUUUCGGAAUGAAGAUGAACCACAGAAAUCUUAUUGGCGAUUUGGCGAUGAUAAUUGUCAAAAAGAUGACGAAGAAUCUCUAGACUCUUAUAAAAGUAGACAAAAUUCCGCAUUAGAUUACGACGAGAAAUUCUUCAUUAAAAAUCCAAGUUUAGACAUGAAUCUCGAUGAUCCUAUAUCAAGUCCGAUUGCUAUUAAGGCGAGCAGAAGUAGAGCAAGAAGUACUGAGAGGCGUGAUCGAGGAUGGGAAAAAAGUCGAAUGUCACCGGAUUCGGAUAGAGGAUUAAAUCUUCGCAGGGGAGACAAAUUCCCCUUGAGACGAUCACCUCUACGGCGCAGAUUGUCCAGAUAUGAUUCACGAUCAAGAUCGCGCUCUUGGUCUAAGACUAGAUCCAGAUCCAGAUCUUUAACAAGAUCAAGGACCAGAAGUAGAUCUCGAUCUCAGUCUCGAUCAAGAGUGAGACUGAGAAGUCCGAAUCGUCGUCCGAGAUCUCUAUCAAGAUCCAGAUCUUUGACCCCUGAAAGAGGCAGGCGUGUUCACAUGGAAAGGUUAAGGGAGGACGAUGUCAGGAUCAAGCCUAUGGAAUCGACGAUAUCUUGUCCCGAUAGAGACAGACGCAUGGAGACGAUUAUACAGUUAACAGGUGGCACCGAUUCCGCGACUGACCCCGCUGUCAUGGAAUCAGAAAGAAUUGCCAAUGAAAGUGUAGACAAUAUGAAUAGUUCGCACUUUCGUUAUCCCAGUGAAACUGAGACCGGUAACGAAUAUAGUUACUAUCCUAGGAAUAAUCUCACUUAUCCUCCGCGUAUCGAUGAAACACCUUCAUCUCCAAAGCGUCUGUCUCUUGACGAAAGACUUGAGCUGGAAUUGGGAAUUAAGAAACCAGUCCCAUCUGGAGAUUACAACCCUGGUAAUUUCAAUUGUAACGCAUAUUCAGCGUCUCCAUCGCUGCAACCCCAAAGAACUUUCCAUCAACCAUCUACAGUCUUACAAGUUGGCAAUGUUUUACAAGUGGUACCUGGAGAUUAUGCAGGAAUGUCAACACCGGGAGCAAUUCGAAAUGAGGUGCCUGCGACAUCGUCACCGGGAGCAAGUAAAGUUGUUCGAGUUGGAAAUGUAUUGCAGGUCGUGCCCACGACAACAAUUGAUUGGAGUAAUAAUUCUCAACCUCCGAUCGAUCGUAAAAAUGCAACGAGAUACCCUGUUAUUGUUCCACCUUCACCCAUUAAUACACCUACUUCUGUGCCAAUUCCAGUACCACUUCCCGUACCUGGUCCUGUUGCUGUUAAUCCACAAAGUCUCAUUACCACUGUAUCUACUGGUUCCAUUUCCCUGACACUUCCAAAUGCUCUGAGUCUUCCAGUACCACUGCCGAUUCCAGCGAACGUCACGACACCUCCUAAAAGCAAACCCGUUGCUCCACAAGUGCCAACAAUGCCGGUUUAUGAUUACGAAGCGAUUUUGGAAGUGCGCCGACGAGAGAAAGAGGAACGUAAACGAGUGCGCGAGGAACGCAAGAGGGAGAAAGAACGACGAAAAAUGGAGCGUGCGAAACGGCGGGCUGAUAAAAUACUUGGAAGAAAACUUCUCUCGCAACGUAACGAUGCCGAGCAGAAGAAAUUGGAUCAUCAUUUGAAAAAGAAACAACCUAUGGAAGAGAUAACAGUGUCUGAUGUAUUGGCAUCACUGGAGGAUGAGAAAUCGGAAAGUACAAAAGAGGAGGAGGAGGAGAAGGAGGAGAAGGAGGAAACGAAUGUCGCGAUUGCUAUCGCACCAGUGGGAAAAUCGGCGACCGAGGGCGAAGAGGAGGAAGAAGUCGAGGAGGAAGACGAACACGAGGAUGACGAGGAUGAGGAUGGUGACGAGGAGGAAGAAGAAGAGGAAGAAGAAGAAGACGAGGAUAAGCAGUCUAGUCGACUAGCUCAAUCAGACGACGUUGCCACUGCUGCGGAAUCUGAGGAAGCCGUACAACCGGAAGUCGAUGCUAGAGAGUGGCCCUCCUUGCCUCCGGCGCCUUUGAAAGGCAUUCUCGUGUGUCCAGGUUUCGGCGGCUUAUCCAAUGGCGUUGUAGAUAAUGAUUCCGAGGAUGAGAAUGCGGAGAAACGUGAAGAAGUGGACGAGAUGAAUGAAGAAUCGAAAGAUACGAAUCGAGAGGAGGGUAAAGAUAAUAAUGGAGAUGAGAAAACGAAUGUACGAGUAAAGAAGAAAAAAAUACGAAAACCUCAACGCGUUAAGAAAAAUGUUCAAUUCGCCGAUGGAAUUAGACCAGGCGAGGGAACUAGUCCAAGUGGAGGGGAAGGUGAAAUGCCAUCUCCACCACCACCGACAGCAGUGGCAAUUUCCAAGGAAAGUGUACUCGAACUCAUUAGGAAGUCGCGGUACAGAAAGAGCAGGAGAAAGCAGAAACGUAUCAAAUCAUCAAAAACGAAGAAGAAGGUUAAGGUAAAAAUAAUAAAAUUGAAGAAACCGCGAAUAACUCCAUUGACUGCACUAAUGUUGGAGGAUUCAGACGACGCGGACGAUCGUUCACCGCCACCACCACCUCCAGGGUCUCCGCCGCCCCCAAACAUGUGGCCCAGCUAUCUUGCCGCUUACAAUGCAACAUUGAAAACUGUCACGUCAAAUCCACUGCCUCCACCUGCUCAACCGCCACCACCGCCGACACCAUUGCCUUUAUUGGUACCACCACCUCCUCUCAAUUAUACAAUUCAGCCUUGCAGCAAAGCCUUGAGUUGAACUCCCCCUUUGACGACACUCGCUCAGGUGGUCAAGACAGCUUUUUUGUAUAUAGACAAAGUAAUAUUACUAAGUAAUAUAAGAAUGACACGCUUUCUCGGAUAUUUCGAUCUUUCACCAGGUCCCAUAGAUUUAUUCAAAUAUUGCAUUCGCAAUAAAAAAAAAAAAAAGCAAAGUGGAUCCAAGUAGAACAAUCUGCGAUAAUCUCUGCAUUAAAAUAUAAUCUUUGUAGAAAAUCCUCGAAAUUGAAAAUAUGUUGCAAAAUGUAAGUCAAUUUUUAAUUGCUUAAUGAAUUUUUUUUUCAUUUUAUUAUUAUACUGGGUUUUAUUAUAUUUAAAACUUGUCAAAUAAUUGUGAAAUGUAUAAAUCUGAUUUUUUUGUUCAAAGUUAUCGAAUUUUUUGUAUUCAGUUUUUAGUAGAGAGUGUUGCAGAUGAAAACUUAACCACUCGAGUAAUUAUGAUUUGUAUUUCUUUUAUUUUUUUUUUUACAAUACUCGAAUUUCUUUGCUCAUAGAGAAUUAUAGUCGAUACUGGUGCAAAGAAGAUUAAAAUGAAUGUUAAACAUACGCGAUUAUGCUGGCGUUUUAUUUUAUUUUAUUUUUUUUAUUGAAGACUUUGAUGAAGCUCAAAAAUUGAAAAAUUUCCUCAAAAGUUUAUGCAUUUUACAAAUCAUAAUAAAUAAGUCUUUAAGAAUUUUAUGAUUCUUUAAAUUAUAAUAAUGUUAAGAAUUUGACAAUUUUUCAUGUUGAUAAUUAUGAUCAAUUUUAACAUUAAUUGUGCUAUUGAAAAAUGAUUUUCAUUUGGAAAUGUAACUUUUAAGCUUCAUAGAAAUUUUCUUUCUAUUUCUCAAUAAAAGUUAAUUGGUAUUUUUUUCUAUAAAAUAUUAGUGUCAAGUAUUUUAGCGAUAAAUUUGAAAGCAAUAUUAUUUUUACACAGAGGCGCCAAUGUACAUAAAAUAAAUAAAUUUGUCUCUAUAACUUUCGGGGUUGACAUGCGCGCGCUUUACUUCUGUAUCCGAAAAUUUUUUUUAUAUUUAUUGUUCAUAAUUCAUCGAUUAUGCAGGUAAACUAUUGUUGUAUUUUACGAAAUUAGUAUUAUUUAUUCAUGAUGAGAACUAUUGAAAGGAUUCAUCUUUUUACAGUGAGAUGUAAAUAAACAAAUAUAAAAAGUA